CUAAGCAAGGUUAGCCUUGAUUAGUAUUGUUUAGGAACUCCAGAGUAGAAAGUAGAUUGAGACGUUAAAAAAAAAAUCCUGGAAGAAGGCAGUGACAAACCACUUCUGUACCACUGCCAAGAAAACUGAAUGGAUGCAAUCACUAGAAGUAGUCCUUGACCUGAGAAUGUUUUUACUUAUUUGUUUCCCAGAAUUCUGACUCAACUUCAAAAUUCAAUGCAUGGCAGCAGAAAGAGAGAGAAAUUUUUCUAAAGAAUCCAGAACGAGGUAAUUAAGUCCAGCAACAGUGCUUCUCUUUGAAAGGAAGUUUGUGAGCAAUCAUUGGAUGGUUUAUAAGCUUCAUACAUUACUCCAAAAUUAUAGCACACUGUCCAACAUGUCUAUGCUCAAAAAAAGGUUAACUGAAUAUAGAGAAACUUAUUUCCGUGUUAGUGGGCAUAGAAUCACUGGCUUAGAAAUGAAACCUUUUAAUUCAAAUAUUGGCUUGAGUGCUGGAUUCUGAAGAUGAGCUGGUCAAGAUUCUGACCUUCAUUUACCUACUUUGAAAAUGUGACAUUUUAUUCAUGUGUUUAAAUAAUUUAUAUGGUCACUCUUCUCAUAGCAGUGAUUCUGAGCAGCUAUACAAAGUUAAACUUAACGAAUGGCCAAAGUUUCUAUGUUUUCUUUAAAAUUCAGUAAGAUUACUGCAUAAAUGCACUUCAUAAAUGCUGCCUUUCCUAUAGAUGUAUUGUCAUUAUUGUUAGAAUUAAUAAAGGUUACAAAUAAAUGUAAUUAAUUUUGUAUUUGACCAACACCAGAAACUUUCCACUAAAAAUUAACAAUAAUUAAAAUGUAUCAAAGCACAUCUAGUAGAUAACCACAUUAAGUUGCCCUUUGUCUAGCAAAAUUAAAAUAUUGUUUAGCCAAAUUAAAAUAAUAUGAAUUCUGUCUUGCUCUGUAUGAAAGGACAUAAAACAAAAAGUUUAGCAGCUCAAGCUAUUUUUCUCUUCUAACUUCAUCUAACAUCUUGGUUAAUUAUCUGACUUAAAAGGCCAUUUUUUUCAACUUCAUCACAGAUAAUGUGAACAAAUAAGAUAAAUUUAGUGAUCUACUCAAAUAAAAAACUGGAAAAUCUAAUUCUAAUAAUCUGUUAAGAAGCUCUUCAAUUUACACCCUCAUGCUCUUAUGCAGAAUUUAUGAGCUUUAAUUAGUAGAUGACACAUUGUCAUCUACUAAUUAAUUAGUAGAUGACACAUUGUCAUUAUCCUUACAUGUAUAAAAUGCCAGCUAUAAAAAUGGCACUUUAUGAAGAACCCUUUUUCAUACAGACAGGGAAUCAACAGAGGAGGAAUGAAAUAGAGGUAGGAAAGAAGAAAAACUGCUGAAUUUGCAAUGAUCUAAACUAUAAUUUGUAACUAUAGUUUGUUAAAUAAAACAACCCCAGAGUCAUGGUGAACCAUGGUUGCAUAUACAACACCUGCAACUCAAGCAAAUCGCAUUAUAGCUUUAUGUGGUGUGCAAAACAAUACAGUAUGAUUUCUUCAACUUUCACACUUCGUUUUUGCACGGUUGUCAAUUUUAUCCCAUGUGAAUCACUGCCAGGAGGAAAAAGUGUGGAUUUAUCCUUUUGUUUAACAACUUCGGUGAGAAAAUAUCUCAGUUUAUGCUGAUUUUAAUUCUUGCAAAACUGAGAUUGUUUGCAGUGAAAAAUCGCAAACAAACCCAGUACAGUUCCUAAGUGCAGAAGACCUAUGGCUGGAAAGCUCUGUGCACGGCUGAAAUGUCUGCAUGAAAUGACUGGAAAGCACCAAUACGGGAGGCGCCGCCUCUCCUCCUUCCCGUUCCUGGCUUCUCCGCCGGCGCCGACUGUUCCCAUCCUCGGGCAUCACGUCAUUGGCAAAGGGGCUGGUUUCCUCUGUGGAGGAGGAGGAGGAGGACCCUGAUUUCCAUCAGCACCAAGGAGAGCUCCUCCCGACCUUUUCCUCCCCUGUCGCCAUUCGUCCGGCUUUUACUGCUUUUUUCUCCGAACCAUCCAAGAAGGGGGCUGGAGCUAAUUUGGGGAAGAGAGAGAGGAGGGAGAUAUUUCAGAACCAUCCGAUCUUGGGGGAGGUUGACCCAACGCCUUGUUUUCUGGGGGAAAAUAGGGAGAAGAGGAAGGGGGAGGGGAGGGGGUGGGGAGGAGGAGGAAGAGGACGAAGAGGAGGAAGAGGUAGCAGUGACACCACCCGGGCUAUUGAGAGCAUCUUUCCCCUGGAUGGAACCACAUUGUAUCCGGUCCACCAUGGCGCUGGGGUUGUCCUCCAAGAAAACCUCUUCCCGGAACAUUUCAGUAGAAAGGAAAAACCUGAUUACCGUCUGCAGAUUUUCUGUGAAGACUUUAUUGGAAAAAUAUACGAUAGAACCCAUUGAUGACUCAUCAGAGGAGUUUGUGAACUUUGCUGCAAUUUUAGAGCAUAUACUCAGCCAUCGUUUCAAAGGGGAUCAUGGUCCUGCCAGUUGGUUUAGCUCUGAUGGACAACGUGGCUUCUGGGAUUACAUCCGCCUGGCAUGCAACAAAGUCCCAAAUAACUGCGUCAGUAGUAUUGAAAACAUGGAAAACAUAAGUACCUCCAGAGCUAAGGGCCGGGCGUGGAUUCGUGUGGCCCUGAUGGAGAAGCGCAUGUCUGAGUAUAUUGCUACAGCACUGCGGGAUACCAGAACAACCAGGAGAUUUUACGAUGAUGGAGCAAUAAUGCUGCGAGAAGAAUCAACUGUCCUUACAGGAAUGCUGAUUGGCCUCAGUGCUAUAGACUUCAGUUUCUGCCUGAAAGGGGAAAUUAUGGAUGGUAAGACACCAGUGGUUAUCGACUAUACUCCAUAUCUGAAGUUUACACAGAGUUAUGAUUACCUAAGUGAUGAAGAGGAGCGGCACAGCCUGGAGAGUAGUACCAGUGAAGAGAGCUCUCCUGACCAUCCGUACCUACCCCUAGUGACUGCAGAAGACAGCUGGUACAUUAAAUGGCGCAAGAUAGAGCAGAAGUUUCGCAUCGUCUAUGCACAAAAGGGCUAUCUAGAAGAGCUAGUUCGGUUGAGAGAGUCACAACUCAAGGAUCUGGAGGCAGAAAACAAACGCCUGAAGUUAAGGCUGGAAGAGGUGAAGGUGCAGAAUCAAUUAGAGAAACGGGAGUUGGAAGGGAUCAUCCUGGAACUGCAAGAGCAGCUAUUUCCCUCCUCCUGCUCUGCCCUCAGGACAGGCCUCAUUCCUUCAGACAACAGCCAGUUUACCCAACUCUCCAAGGAUAUGGCUGCACCCUUGGUGAACCAAUGGCCGUCUUUGGGGAUUCUGAACAGUAAUGAAAAUCAUGCAGAAGCCAAGAUAUUCAGGAGGCAUAGUUUCAUGAGCACAGAUCAACUUUCCACAGAAAUAAGCUUGAGUUCUGAUUCACAACGGAUGGGUGAAGGAAAACAUGAAGAGGAACCUUGGGGACCAUUGGGAAAGGACCCAACUCCAUCAAUGUUGGGCCUUUGUGGGUCUUUGGCCUCUCUGCCUAGCUGCAAGUCUUUAGCUAGCCUAAAAUCCAACGAGUGUCUGGUGAGCGACAGCACAGAGCCUAGCCCUGCUCAUAGUCCCAGUUGAGACAGUGGUAGACUGUUCUCAUAAAUCUCAAAAAAGUCAAUGAAGAUUUUGGGUGGACAAAACAUCCGGAAUUAAACCUCUUUGGCUUGAUUUCUGUAGGUGGAAAGGGCAACUGAACCAUUUAUCCAGCUUGAUGCAACAGGGCAAUGUGUUUGCUUCCUCAUCAAAAUAUUCUUAGAAACCCAGACUUUCUUCCUUAAAUUGGGAACAGAGGAAAAAAAAGAGAGAAAGCACACCCUUAUCAGAAAGUGGAAAGGUUGUCCAUAAAAAGUGCUUUUGUGACAUGAUGAUGUAUAUAUGUAUAUUAUAUAUGGUCGAGAUUGGCAAAACAUAGCUGCCUCUGCAAAACAUUUAAGAAAAAAAUCCUCUGACUGUCUAUUGCUGGAGGCAGAAAGAAGAUCUAGACCAGUUGAAUUCUGCUGCACAUUGUUCAAUGUGAAGAUUUGCACAAUGGACAAGGAAAUUAAUUGCCUGGCCCUGUAUCAUCCCCUUUCAUUGAAGAGAAUGAUCUGUGGUUGUGUUCCUGAUAACAGCAUUUAAAGACUUAGCUGUGGGAAGGGAGGUAAUUUAUUACCCAUCCUAAGCCCACCACCGCACUUCAAAUAUAACUGCAAGAUCUGUUUUGGUUAAUCGUAUUACAGAAAGGGGAUUCAAGACAACUUCAGAUUCCUGGAUAUCUUUACAGCACAGAAAUCAUUUUUGUGUCUUCCUUGGUCCUGCCACUCAUGAAUGAGUCUACUUUUUACAUGUUUCUCCUGCAUGUUUCUAUCCCAUUGGAACUUUCUGCUAUGGGAAUGGACACAUUGGAAGGUGAAAGAGAACCAAUAUUUAUAUCUUGACUUUUGAUCUGUGCCAUAGAUCUGAAGCAGCAAGAAAAGUUUAAGAAUCUACUCCAGGAUAAGUCAAAAUCAUCAAUGACCAGAGCUGAGAAACUGACUGGUACCACCUAGUGAAUUGUUAGAAUGAACAGGCAUUAAAGCAAAUUAAGGAGCUGGCAGACAAUGCUUACUGAUGAUUAUUUUCUGGUAACAAAUUCAGGCUGGGUUUUAAAAUUCUGCAGUCACUAACAAUUUCAACAGUAACCAACUUAAGUCUUCCCAUUCUUCCUUCCAAGUAAACACGUCUCAACAGUUACAUGUAACACAAAAGGGAAGAACACGUGUAAUAUUAACAGUAUUAUCAAAAUUCCAAAACUAUAGCUGAAAACCUUUGGUAUGUCUAUGUGGGUGGUGAGAGAAUUCACAUUUUUCCCAUUUUAGAGUACUGAGAGAUAAACUGGCUGUUUAUGAGCAUUGCAAACUUAUCCUAUGUUGCCACUUACGGUUUGUGUAACAUUGGCUUGACUGAACCAAGCACUCUACGUUUUAGCUUCCAUAUUUCUCAUAAGCUAUUAUCUGCAUAUUGCUAAAAAAUGGGGAAUUGUUCAAGACCAAUUGAUAAGUUGAUGGUGGAUGCACGAAAUUCAAUAGUUUCCCAUUACUAUGAAGGUUAUUUAGGAGAGUCUUAUUCCAGCGCAGCAUUUCCCAGUAUUAGACUAUGUAAAUCUUCUGAGGCUCACUACCUGCGACAGAGGCAGCAAUACAGCACCUGUGGUCACCAUGUCAUAUAAGAUUUCCAAUGGCUGUUAAAUAAAUUCAACUCAUAAUAGGGGCUAUCUUCUGUAUUUCUGAAGUCCACAGGCUGAGAAUCUUUUUGGUCUUAGCCAAUAUACACAACCACCAGCUCUCAAAACCAAGGCUGGAUCAAAGGGGAAAUGUUCAUGGCCUAGCAGUAGUGCUCUGUUUGUAGGAUGCGAAGAAAUCAUUAAAAUGUUUAAGAGUAAAGGAAAUCAUACAUAAGCCCAAAAGGAAUGUAGUGUAUCAAAUCCCAAAUUAUCCACCAUCAGAUCCUCCCAUCUGGAAAAUCUGAACUAUAUGAGCAACAGAAAUUAGAUACAUUGAAAAUAACUUCUUCCUUAUCAACUAUAUAUUUUAUAUCUUAAAACAUUUCUUAUUUACAUUCUCUUUUAACUUCUAAUAUAUUAAUAAUGCCAUUGUAUCCAUUUCUCUGCAUUCCUGUCAUGCAAGUGGUUUCAUCUACUGGCCUCAUAUGCAGCAACUGUUGUAUUUGGGCUGCUCAAAAUUUUAACAGUUUGCACAGUGAUGAUAAGGAAGGUCAUGUUUCUGUUUGCUGAAGCAAUGCUAUCAGAGAGCUAAUGAUUUGCUGCUGGGUAUUGUGAAGACAUAUGAUCUACAUACACAUAAUAUCCUAAAUUUGAUUUAAAGCACCAUUCCCAUAUUCACAAAUGACAAAAAGAAAUCCUAUUGCAGCCUGGGUUAUCCAACACACUGACACAACAGUUGAGUUUACAUCUUAUAUUGAAGCAAACUCCAAUUUACCCUGGUCUACCACAUUUUGCAAACCCAGCCACUGAAACAAAGUUUCCUCUCUUUGUUCUUACAAUAAAAUAUAUUCAUGGGUACAUCUAGUGAAUCAGCCUACUGUAUCAGAGUGAGACCAAUAAAAGAACACUCAACAUUUUAUUUAGGAAUCAAAUGCAUUCCUCUAAUCAUGGCAGUUCUCACUAGAUAAGAGUUUUAAAGAUUUUUAUAUAAGACCUUAAACUAGGAUGGAUAUAAUUUUUGUGGCCAGAGGCCCAUGGCAGUGUGUGUGUCAUUUUUUGAUCCUAUGGAUACAGGGAACAAGACUUUAUUGAAUUGGGCUGGAUGACAUUGCUUGAUUUUUAAAAAUAAUUUACCAAUCAUGCUAUUCCCUUAUGGGGUAAGAAAACACAGUAUUAAGAAAAAUUAAGCAAAAGUAAUUAAGUACUGGAAAUAAAUAGGACAUUCUCAUUAAAUUAGAUUAUUUCAAAAUGAUUCACUACAUUUCUCUAUAUCCCAUCAAACUAUUUGUAGUUCUACUGUAUUCAUACAUCAAUUCCAACAAUUUAUUUUGUUCUUCAAACUUAUCAUCGGUCUUUUUUUUUUUUUUUUGACAAUGUCAUACCAAAAUUUCAGGUAACAGCAGAAAAUCAUACUCUUCAGUGUUUUUCCUAAAUUAUAAUAGCAUGGUCAAAAGAUCUGAGAUCUCAAAAACAGUGACCUGGGUUUUCUAAUAAAAUCUAAGGGUACCUGAUGAGGAUGCAAGGAAAGAAAAACUCAACAGAAAGACAUAUCAACCGUCAAGUAAUGUGUACUUUUGUUCUGCUAAAAAAAAGAGUGAAUUUUAUUCAAGAAAUAAAAGCCCAGCUUUUCCCCUUUCCACAAAUAUGUAAGCAACAGGCAUAUAAAUUUACAGCAUAGAAGGGACAAGAUAUCAACUUGCUACAUAAGAUAUCUGGUAUCAAAGAAAACCUUGGCUUGCUAUUCUCAGCUCUCCUUUAAUAUAGUAAAUAUUGAACCAGAGGGCAGGAGCCCAAGCUGUCUAAUUCAUUUUCAUCCAGGCUAUUCAACAUUUCCAAGUUCAGGCUGUUUGUGUUAGUACGAAGGGAAGAGCUGGGCAAAACCUGAGUGUUCAAAAUCAGUAUUUCUACUCAAAGCUGUCAAAGUCCUGCUUAGGAUUGCAACUUCAGACAGCUAUGUUUGUCAUGCACAGGAAAAGUCAGGUUAAAAAAAAA